AGCUGCUAAAGUUAGCAUUGGACAGAGCUGCAGAGAAUGAAGCUCGAAAGCGGGAAACAGAGGACAAAAUGAUCAGAACAUUGCGAAGCACAAGGUGAGAGACUGGGACAUGAGGCUGAAGGGACCAGUGGCUUAUGAUGGAUAAACCGUUGAGGUCCGUUAAAGGUGUGGUGGGCCAGGAUGGACCGUGCGUCAGUCCUACUUUACACACGGAGAGGGAUCUGUGGGUGGGCGAGGGGGUGGAUGGAGGUCAAAUACAGGAAGGGUCGCGUGACGAGCCCACUUUGGACGAACUUUUGGACAUGGAGCUGAGGAGGAUGUCCAUGGAGGCUCAGCUCACCUCUGCCUGUCCUCACUCCUCCUCCUCUUCCCCUUCCCCUGUCUCCCCCAUGCCCAAUGGAGUCCUCGCAGCUGGGGAGGAUGACGAGGGAGCCCCAGUGCAGGUUUUGGAGCGAGAGCCAGGACGUGGCGCUGAGCUGACCUCCCGGAGCUCGGAGCCACCAAUCUGUCAACGGGAGGAAGGCAGAUCUGAUGCCAAAGGGGCGGAGGGGGAUGGGGAGCCAGAGGAGAGACAGGCAGAGGAGAAAUUUACGGGACACGACGGAGGGGAGGGGCCGGAGAAAGAGAGGGACCAGGAGGACGAGAAUAGAAGCAGGAGAAGCGAAUGCGACGAGGACCCGAGGAUGCAGGGGGUGCCCGGAUCACGAAGGCCCGCGGGAGGGAAGAGAGGCCGGAGGCACAGCCCUGCCGGGGGUAGGGAGCAGGCCCAGUCGCCCGCAUCCUCUUUCUCCUCCUCUUCUACCUUUUCCUCCAAGCCCUCUGCCCCCUCUGGGCCGCGGCACAAGCAAUCCAGGCGGCGGAGCAACCACCACCAUCAGCAUGCGAGGGCCGGCGGGCGCUUUGCGUUCCGGAUCGCGGGCGGCUGCCGCAGGCUGCUCUCACAGUCCCUGCGGCCCUGGUGCAUGUCCUGCUUACGGGUGGUGGUGGAGUUCAUCGUGCUGGUAACGCAUCGGUGUGGAGAGGCGGUGGAGGCCGGCGGGGUGGCUCUCUAUGAGCUGGGCUCCCAGCUGCUCUGCAAGGCCUCGGACCUGCCGGCCAUAAAGGCCGAGGCCAGGCUCCUGCUGGUUCAGGCGUGGUGUAGAGGCAGGGCGCUGGCGGUGUGGGUGACGGGGACAGCAAAGCAGUGCCACCAGGUGGCUGCAUCCUGCCUCUGUCUCACGCUCGUGGCUGUACGGCUCGGCUCUGCAUGUCUGGGCAGGGUCUUGGGCCGGCUUGCUGGGGAGAGGGGCCAGCGAUGGUGGGCAGCUCUCCAGGGCACCAGGAUUUGGGGGUCCACAGUAGGCCUGUGGGAGAAGUUCAGGACUAUGAUCGGGGGAGGGAACUCCCAGGCAUCCUCUUCCACCCCUAAGUCUCCCUGUGGUGCAGGGAGAUUUUACCCAGGACAGGAGCUGGAGAGACUCCUUGCAUUGACACAUGUCCCCGAAGAAGAGCUGGAUCCUUUUGAAGUGCUGGGGGUUGAGGCCAGCGCCACUGACCCGGAGCUGAAAAGGGCCUACAGACAGCUGGCUGUACUGGUCCACCCAGACAAGAACAAGCACCCCCGUGCUGGCGAGGCCUUUAAAGUCCUGAGAGCGGCCUGGGACAUUGUCAGUAACCCAGAAACACGCAGGGCAUAUGAACUUAAGCGCAUGGCAGAGACUGAGCUCUCCAAGUCCAUGAAUGAGUUCCUCACCAAGCUGCAGGAUGACCUGAAGGAGGCCAUGAACACUAUGAUGUGCACUAAGUGUGAAGGCAAACACAGGAGGUUUGAGAUGGAGCGGGAUCCCAGCGAGGCCAGGUUCUGCGCGGAGUGCAACAAGCGGCACGGCGCGGAGGAGGGCGACCUGUGGGCCGAGUCCAGCAUGCUGGGCCUGCGCAUCACCUACUUCGCCUUCAUUGACGGGAAGGUGUAUGACAUCACGGAGUGGGCCGGCUGCCAGCGGAUCGGGAUUUGUCCUGACACACACCGCGUGCCGUAUCACAUCACCUUCGGCUCCAGGAACAGCAGCGGCGGCGCUGCACGCCACAGGAGCCCGUCUGAGCCCCCUCCAGCACCCAGCUCGCCGGCGGACCUGCAGGACUUCUUUAACCGCAUCUUCCAGGGGGCGCCACCCAGCGGCAUGGCCGCCAACGGGGGGUUCUUCCCCUCCACUCCCUCUGACCGUCAGCCCCCUAGUGCGAGCCCUGGGGCAGGGGGCCACUUUUCGGCACCCCCAGGCCCCGGGAGGCCGUUCACGGAUGGCGCAGGGCCUCGGACCGAGAGCGCAAAGCUCCCGCGGCGGAGGAAGAAAGCGCGGCGGUCCUUUCCCCGGUGAGAGCUGCUGCUGCUGCUGCUGCUGCUUUCUGGGCAUAUGGGUGCGUCCCCGCUCUGGCCCCUCUCCCCACGCUGAAGGACCAGCCAAUCCGAGUGAGCCGCCGUGGGGAGGUUGCCGUCCUCUGCCAGAGACAGAGCAGAGCUCUGACAGGCUGGGGCACAGGAUGGAAAGGCAGAGGAAAAAAUAGUUUAUUUUAUAUGAUUAUCGCUUCGUUAUCUUUACAGUUUUUGUUAUUGUUGCCACAGGGAAGUGUAGCCAUAUGACCUAUAUCUGAGGCCUGACAGUAGGGGGCGACAUGAGCAGAAAUUUCAUACAGCCUCUCCUUUGAGGUUUGUGGGGGUUCUUCUUUCUGGGUUGAGCAGGGUUGAAGUGCACAUGGGCUUCUUCAGAGUGGCACCAGGGUACUUCCCUGCACCACCCGUGCCUCAGUAGGCUCAUCUGGGGCUGGGAAGAGCUAGCAGAUUGUAUCUGCCUCUCCUCUGGCUGGGGCAGAGUGAGUCAUUACAGAGCGAUAGCAUGAGAACAGCUAUCAUCAUGCACAGUUUAUGUAUCAUAUUAUAACCACUUCAACCUGAUGCACUUACCGUUUCCUCUUACUUACCGCAGUAGUAAAGAGAACAAACGUUGUGAUGAGGUUCAGGGGAAUGUGGGCAUAUGGAAAUCAAUAUCUGUCAUGAAAUACUUGGUAUUUGGUUGUGGUUGCAGAUCCGGGCGUUGAUGAGACAUCUUUCAGUAUCCACAGCCAUAUUGAACAGUAAGCAUUCCUGGAAUAGCUGGGAUGAAAAAUUGGAUUACUCACUAAACUCAAAUCAACUCUUGGGUACUGGUGACCCAGUCAUUUAUUUUAAUUUUGUGUUGUAUGAGAAUUUGAAGAACAUUUGAAGCAGAAGUCAGUAGGGAGAGGUAUGUCACACAUGUGAAUUUUCUACUUUCUAAAUCUUGUUCAGAUGUUUAACGUAGUCCAUGAUUAGGGCUAACCAGGGUCUAGUAAUGUCCUUGAUGAAGUAUGAUGGUUCCAAAUGGUCCCAAAAAUAUGUAGGAGUCCAUUCAUGCUAAAGGUAUUAGGUGCUGUUUAUGUGAUGGGCAGUAGAAAACAUUAAACAGCUCUGCAGCAUUGCUCUGCUGAAUAGGUUUCAAAGCUGCUCAAUUUAUGGAUUUUGCCCUGGCGUCAGGAACAGUGCAGUCCUUUGCUUUUGUGUCUUCAGCGUGAAAUAUAGCCUACCACUUUGUCAUGAAACCAUUUUGGCUCAGGACUCUUCCAGUGUAACCUUGUACCUAUCAGAAAAAAAUUGUCCUCCAAAGCUCAUUUCAGUUAAUAUUUUUAAAACUUUAUUGCAUCUGACAGUUGUGAGGACUGUUGUCCUUUCUGAAUGUAGACUGUGCUAUGGGAAAACAGCCCUCCUCAGAAGCCACCCUAAAUUCAGCCGCAUCCACCACAAGCUACCGUGGCUGUGUAGCUUUUGCGGUGUUCCUGCCUGACCUGGUGAAACGGCUUAUUGGUUCCAAUCUCAUAUAUUUUAUACAUUUCCGCACUAAAUAUCUCUACAUGCAGUUUUCCUGAGAUCUCGGCCACAACAAAUGAUAUGGUCUCACUAGUACAGCAGCCUUAAUUAGUCUUAUUGGCUCCUCCCCCCCGGUCUGGUAUUUCAGAGGAGUCCGCCGACAUCAGUCAAGUGAACGCUCCGCUGUUGUGUAAAAAGAUUCAAGUAAGAUCGUUUGCGAAGGGGACAUUGGCCGCUUUCUUUCGGACACCGUUUGCGCUCUGAGGUCGAGUUGGCAUGGUCGUGAAGCGAAAAGAAAAGAGAAAGUGUCAUUCUGCUUAAGAGCAGGGGUUUUUUGCACUGCUUCAAAUCGUCUGGCAUCAUGCUGGUUACCAGAGUACCCAGCUCAGGGCUUCACGUCCAGUGUGCACGCUUUUUGCUUUGUCAUGAUGCUGUUUGCACUACCUCCCCUUUACAUGUAUAUUUCCAACUGGGGUGUGCAGUUGGUAAAAAGUGCUUUUGUUUUUUUGUCUAGAGGGACAGUGGGCCUCUUCGCAGUGAGAACAGUUUGCUUCAGGUUCAAAUGCUGACCUGUAAGAUUUUUACUCAUUAAAUCCGGUUGAAUGCCUUGACUGCUUUUCACGUUAGGGGAUGCAUUACUUGACUUAACAUUGUAAGGAUGAAGACUAAAUGACCAAGUCAGUCCUCAGAAAAAAAACUGGCCUUCUCUCAAAUGGUAUAUGCAAAAACAUAAAAAAGUUGUUUUGACAAUCGUUACUGUCGCACAGCGGUCCACGGUGGUUCUUCUUUUCUAUUUGUGUGAGUGGGGGUGGGGAGGCCAGUUACAUUUUUUCAACGGUUAUACAUUGUAAAA